AUCUUUCCAUCUGCCCGCGUAAAUCCCAAGUAGCGCUCGGAAUCAUCUCGUAAGAACGGUCUCGAGGGGUGACGUCCCCUAUGGCCGGGCGCGCGCGCAGUGACGCGUGCACGCGAGAUUACGAACGACGCCGUUUACGCCGAAACGGCGAGCAAUUGCGUGGCCAGCUGUGUGGCUCUCUCUCCAGAAUCCGGGGCCCGUUCCUCGCGGACGGUCCCAACUCGCCUCGGAUACCUGCCACCAGGUGUCUCCACGAGCAGUGCCCAGCAGCGAGAGGCAGGAGCAGUCGUCGAGGCGCCUUCGCACCGCCAGCAUCGCGCGCGUCUCUUCUCUUUCCCGUUACCACGUUCGUCCACCCUGCCGCGAGCAUCCCUCGACGAUAGCUCGCGAUCGACGCGUGAAAUCGCCGAGCAUGAGGCCCCUGGCCCACCACGGGGCCCCUUCGAUCGACCAGUGACAAUCUCGACCACAGCCAAGUCGAGAAAACAACAACCUCGAAACGAACCGACGGAUCGCCGGACCAGACCUCGCCAAUGCUGCCGGCAACAAGUCGGCAGCCCCUCAGCCUGACCGAUUCUAGCGACGGGGGAGGAUGCAACAGCAGCAGCAACAACAACAACAGGACCAGGAGCAGGAUCGGGGAAUCGUAAUGGUCCCGUCCUCCUCCUCCUCUUCCUCCUCCUCCUCCUCCUCCUCCUCGUCCUCCUCCUCCACGUCCGCCGCCGAGGUCAGAGACGUCGCGAGUGUGACAGAGGCUGGACUGCCCAAUUUCACGUUGCAGAGCGUCGCUCUUGGACUCCAAGGUGCCCUACUUGCCGCCCUUCAGAGAGUCGCUCUGCUACCACCUGGACAUGCCGCGGCCGCCGCCUUGAACCUCCAAGCGUUGGAGACGUACUUGACCCUUCAUCGCCUCCACGCAAGUAGCACCGCGUCGAGUGUCGGCCAGUCGUCCACCGGAUUAGGCAAUCAGAGGUGUUCGCCGGUGAACACCGGGUUGGAGACCGCGUUGACUUCCACGACACCGACGAAGAACGAUCACCUAGCCGCCGAGAGGCUGUUGCAGUCCCCGGGGGACGAGGAGGACGAGGCCCGGCUGGAUUUUAUCGGGGACCCCGACGAGGAUUUGGCCCUGUUGGAGGAGCAGGAGGCGUUGUUGAGAGACACGUCCGUGGCCGCUUCCUCCUCCACCACCGAUCACGAGGCCCUGUUGCGACGGAUAUCGGACGGGAAUCGCGCCGGCUCGAGCUCGGUGACGACGGCCGCCCAGUCCCUGCCGCAGAUCGCCGCUUCCUCGUUCACGUCCCCGUCCACCUCGUCGUCCGCUUGCUCCUCGUCCUCCUCGUCCUCGUUGUCCUCCUCGUCGCCGUUGCAGGCCACCUCCACCUCCGCCGAGUCGAGCAUACCGAGGACGUGCAGGGCGUCCAGGCCCAAAAAGCAGUUCAUUUGCAAGUUCUGUAGCCGCCAGUUCACGAAGAGCUACAAUUUGCUGAUACACGAGAGAACGCACACCGACGAGCGGCCGUACUCGUGCGACAUUUGCGGAAAGGCCUUCCGACGGCAGGAUCACCUGAGGGAUCACAGGUACAUCCACAGCAAGGAAAAACCGUUCAAAUGCGCCGAGUGUGGAAAAGGAUUCUGUCAGAGCAGGACCCUGGCCGUGCACAAGAUCCUACACAUGGAGGAAUCACCCCAUAAAUGUCCAGUGUGCGCAAGGAGUUUCAACCAGAGAAGCAACCUGAAGACGCAUCUUCUCACGCACACGGACAUCAAACCUUACCACUGCGCCUCCUGCGGCAAGGUGUUUCGCAGGAAUUGCGACCUGAGGAGGCACUCAUUGACUCACAAUUUGGGUGUAUCGACGUCCCCUCCACCACCAGGGAUACCUGUGCCUGGUACAGGGGCGGUAGUGCUGCAAGAGACGUCCUAGUGGCGCGUGGAUCGACUGUGACAAGUCUUGGCACCGUGCUAGGGACAUUUUAUUCUACCGAGCCCUUCGCUUCGUUCGAUUUCGAGAGGAAUAUUAUAAAAGGAAAGGUUUUGCCAUGUUGAAAUCGGCGAAAGGAAAAGGGCAAAGGAGUAGGUAAUUGGUUCGAUAGACUGAUAGUGGAAAGUCUAAUAUUGUACUAGGGACAUUUAUUAUUUGCACCGAGUCCAAGUUUGAUUCUUGCAUUCCAUUUUUGAGGGAUGAAUAAAUUGGAGAAUUUUCGAGAAAUUUUGGUCGAAGGAUAUCGAAAAGAUGGGCGAAGAGGGGUGGAAAGAGUAUAAUUGAUUUUAUAAAUUAUUGUGAAAAAUCUUUGGUAUUCUUUUACGGAUAUUUAUUUUUAUAUUUUAUACACUUUCGUUCUUCUAAUUUUGAUAUUAAUUUUGAGAAAUUAACCUGAAGGAAUGUUUCAUAAAUGAGACAUCAAAGUCGUGAAAAGAAGAACGAAAAAAAUGGAUUGACAUUGUGAAAAAUCUUGGCAUUAUACUUUAGGGACAUUUACUUUUGUAUCGAGUUUAGAGUAAAUUUUGAUGAAAUUGCGACUAAGAAAAUUUGUAUUCGUUCAAUAUCGAAGAAUAAAUUCAAACAAAUUCAAACGGAUUUCAAUGUCUACGAAAGAGUAACGUUUAUAAUAUAAUCGGUCAUCGUUUGAAUUCGCGAAAUGUAGAUGAAAUGUUGAAGAUUCGUAAGAGUUAAGCGGACUUUGGGUCCUUGAUAUUUAGCUGCGUAUGUAUUUCGUAGUUGUUAAUGCGUAGAGUAUAAUUAUAACUGCAUAUAAAGAUGUUAUUCAUGAAUUCACGUUCGUUAGAUCUGUAAUUAUGUUACGUAUUACAUGUAUAGGUAGCCGGAGUUAGGAUUUAUCUCUCACACUGUGUACCUAUGUGCCCAUGUUGUGUUUCGUUUGUACGUGUAAAAUAAACUUUUAUUAUAUAUUAUUUUUUAA